CUUGACGAUACUGUGAUGCAUAAUGAUUAUGAUGAUGAUGACGAUGACGGAGAUCAUUUAAAAUGAGCAGACAACCAAAUCGGUAUAUAAAAACAAGGGGUUUGCUAGCGUCUGAGUUAAUGCCACUAGUACAUCAUGAGUGUGCAGUACGCGUUUUUCAUAUUGGCUGCUUCAGCGGCUAUCGCCCGGGCUGACGGAUAUCUCAACGCCUUGUCUAGCGUGUACGAUUGCGGGUCGGCGGACUUAGACACGUGUCUCAACAGCCAAUUGGGACGAUCCAUCGAUGAACUAUUGAACAGGAACGAGACUUAUAGGCUAAACCAAUAUCUGACCGUUACCACAGUCGGUAACCGUCGACAAUCGCCAUCAUCAAGCGAGGACUUAGGUUCAAAGUUUUUGGACUUUUUCAACGCACUACAAAUACAAUACCAACCUGAAGAAGAUGACGAAUUAAUUGAUGACGUUUUUGAAGUUACAGGUCGUAAGAAAAAAAGAGGUAAAAACAAAAAACACAAAAUGGGUAUGAUGAUGGGAUUCAUGGCGAUAGGCAUGACUAUUGUCGGAGGUCUAUUUAAUAAAAUGAUGAUGGGUGGUGCGAUAUCAAUUGCCCUGAAAGCGCUAAUCAUAGCCAAAAUUGCUCUGGUUCUGGCCGGCACCAUGGCGAUAAAAAAGCUAUUGAAUAGUGGUGGCGGUGGUGGUCAAGUCAGCAUUCAUCCAUCGUGGUCCGGUGGCGGUGGCGGGGGCGGUGGACAUGAACAACAUGGCGGGUACCGCAGGAGUUACGCGGAUCUGCAUCCAAGUAUGACUACCGCAGAUACGCUGGCUUACGGAGGUCAAAUCGAUUCCUAUAGCAAUUCCCAUUAUUCCAGGUAGUUCACAGCAACACAAAUGUCUUAUUAAUCACGUAUCGUUAAGUAUAUAUUACAUUAUAAUCGGUAAAAGAUAGAAAAACACUAUGACGACAGUCUCUGAUGGUGUACACAUAUUUUUUUCAUAUAGAUAAAAUCAACUGAUAAAAAUAUGUGGACAAAAUCGUUGUUUUUAAACUUUUCUUUCUUUUUUUUUUUUUUUUUUGGUUUUGGGAAUUCAAUAAGCAACAAAAUUAUUUGGUUAUAUAAUUAUUAAGAUUUGUUUGCAUAUUUAAGUUAAAAUUAUUAGAUUUAUUAUAUUAUUAUGUACAUA